AUGCUCAGGCUGGGACUAGCCCUCUUAAGCUUGUAUCAAUUGACAUCGAUGCCACUCUACCCCUCAACAAAGGAAGUGGAACAUACCCGUCGAUACUUCUACGUGGGUGGGCGCUAUGAGGACAAUGGCAAAGGAGAACAUGUCUUCAAGGACCAGAUGUAUGUUGAGCAUCUAAGUCCCACAGGUGGAGUACGCCGACAAUAUCCUAUUGUAUUUCUUCAUGGCCAUGGCCAGACGGGAACAAAUUGGCUUAACAAACCUGACGGUGGACGUGGCUGGGCCUCUUAUUUCCUUGAACAGGGCUAUGAAUGCUAUAUCGUUGAUCAGACAUUUCGCGGUCGGAGUCCUUGGAUUCCUGGAAAUGGGACCAUGGACAUUCUGAGUGCGGAAAGGCUGCAGGAUUAUUUUACGGCAACUCGAAGGCAUAACUUGUGGCCGCAAGCAAAGCUCCAUACCAAGUGGCCUGGCUCCGGCCUGAUGGGCGACCCUGUCUUCGAUGCGUACUAUGCCUCAACAGUCCAAUCCCUUACUUCAGACCUGUACCAGCAAUCCACGAUCCGCGAGGCAAGCGCCGCUUUGCUAGACAGAAUUGGAAGACCCAUUAUUCUCAUAUCCCAUUCACAGGGCGGAAUUCUGGGAUGGCAGUUCGUUGAUGCACGGCCUGAUCUUGUACAUUCGGUUGUUGCGCUUGAACCGGGAGGGCCUCCGUUUGAAGCAAAGAUUAUUGGGUCCGGCCCAGCAAGGAAGUACGGUCUAACGGACGUUCCUCUCGCAUACGCCCCUCCUGUUGUGGAGCCAGAAGUCGAUUUGAUCAAGCAAAAUAUAGAGCACAACUUGACAGGCGUUUCCUGCACAAUUCAGGCGGAAUCGCCUCCCCCACGAAGGUUGGCCAACUUCGCGAAGGUCCAGGUGCUCGUUGUUACGUCUGAGUCUGGAUAUCAUUCCGUGUACGACUGGUGUACGGUUAAAUUUUUACAGCAGGCCGGUGUUGCGGUAAGGCACCUGGAACUUGGAAACGUGGGAAUUCACGGAAACGGCCACAUGAUGUUUCUGGAGUCGAAUAGCGAUGUCUUGGCAAAAAAAAUGCAGGAGUGGAUGGAGGGCGAUUCUCAGCAGUUCUCUAGCAGCUAA